AUGCAGGAGGAAGAUGAUGAUUUAGCAUUUUUUGCAAAACCAAUAAAAAAGCCGCCUUUGAAUUUGGCCAAAAGGUUAAGCCAUUCUUUGUCAGACUCGGAUGAAAACUCGGAUCCAGAGCCCUCUGUCGAAGAGCCUCCUUUAAAGCAAAUUCGUUCUGAAAGUAGAAACCCCCCUGGGACGUCCACUUUGAUGAGUACGGAAACGGAGCCCACUGUUUCGUCUACUUUACCUUCUGCUGCUUCUCCAAGGAGAAAUGAAGAUGACCCAUUGAACAGCGUACAGCACUCAGUGGACUCGGAGAAUGCACCACACCCUUAUGCGACAAGAACUGCAACUUCUAUUCUUCGAAGCAACAGUUUCAACACCGUUGAUACACCACCUCCAACGCCUUUCCUCGAUGUUGACUUUAAUAAACGACUUCAAGAGCUAGAUCGUCAGGUGAAAGAGUUUCAAAACGUAUCAAAGGAUCAAGCGGAUACUGAUGUAAGUCUUCCCUUACGUGAUACUAGCUCUUCCAAGGAUCCCGAUACUGCUGCUUCUACCGGACUGAGAACUCAUAGCCUACCGCAAACAGACUCCUCCAACCUGACUCCAGAGGACCCCCUUGCCUCACCACAAAGAGACCAUGUACCAGUAAUAUUACAGCUGGCUGUAAUCGGACAAAAGGUCCCUGGAAGUACCAUGUUCCUACCAACGGAUUGGGAGUCACCACUUCUUUUUAAGGUAAAAUCCAACCAGCAAUUCCGUCGCGUCCGAAAUGCCUACACGAUGAGAAAGCGCGUUCAAGACGUUGUAUUUGUGUUCCAAAAUCGGAAACUUUGGGACUUUGGGACUCCUAAAGGCGCUGGAAUGCUAAAAAUCGACACUCGGUUAGUGAUUCAUGCCUUUCACAAAGUUGACUAUGAGCUUCUACAGCAGCAAAGGGCUCAAGAAGAAGCAAAACUUUUUUCACGCGAAGAGCCAAAAGAAAUCCCAUUGAAACGAAUUAUAUCUAUAUUAGUUCGACCAAAAAAAGGACAGGAUGUCCACCUUUCGAUACCAGUAGAUACUUCGGUAAAAGAUAUUACUCGAAAGUAUUGUAAUCAAACAGAGAUUCCAUUUCAUGAAGGCAUACGACUAGAAUUUGAAGGAGAUUGGUUAGAUCCAAAGGACAAUUUGGAAAAUCUAGAAAUCGAGGACGAGGAUCAAAUUAAUAUCCUAAUUUAA